CGCACCGAACCGCAUGCCCACACGCGCGUCAACUACCGCGCCCACGAACACGCACAUACACACACACACACACACUACCCCCCACGCCGCAUUGAGAGACCCCCAGUAAGAUUCAGACUCGUUCUCGACACGACAGCAAAACAGUAACGAUUUAAUUGGCAAUUCUUGGAGCAUCCGAUCUUUGGGUUUACUAUUACGCCUCUAAAGCCGACGACACUACUUUCUACCCCAUCCAACCCUCGCGCGCACGACUUGAAGGUCGUCCGGAAGCUCGCUUCCCGUCGCCUAGUUCCUUUAUCUGCCGCCAGGUCAAGCGAGGAGUUGCCUGCUCCUAAUGUUUGCUCGGUCCAAGAGCAAAUUCCACGGCUUCGGCGCAGACAAGCGCCAGCAAGAGUCAGGAUUCUUGGGUUCGGACUCGAGAUCUAGGACAACCUCUGAGCGACCUUACACGGCAACAUCAUACAACGCUCCAUCUUUGGACGCUCCGUCAUACACCCCUUCGUUUCCUGAAAAGAACAGCUCUAUAUCAAGUGGUACAAUCAAGCCACCUCAGUCUCAUCGUUCGUCGACGUCAGUUUCCUCCAACCACUCUGUUGACAGCUACGGAAGAUCAGUCGCACCCGCCAUGAGUUCAGAACGGGCGCGCACGCGCAGGGAGCGCACGUUUGUGGGCUCCGAGUGUGCCGUCUGUGAGGAGCCAUUAGAACACACUCUCCGGGGAGAGAGGAUACUUCAGUUCUCCUGCGGCCAUGUGUCCCACGAGGCCUGCUUUUACGAGUACAUUAAGGAGAUAGAGUCUCAGUAUUGCCCAUCAUGCAAUGCGCCUUUGCAUUUGGACACAAGUCGGGGUGGAAACGUACUCGAUAUAGAAAAAAUCAGCAACCUCGUCAGGUCAGUGAACUCAGAUUCGAGGUCAAUUGGAACACCAACACCUACUCCUCAACAAUGGGAUGAUCAUGGAAUGCGUCCUCAAAGCCGGGGUUCGAAUGCACGUUCUGGUUCUGGAGUCGGCUUAAGCCAUCCCAGCAGCCACAGUGCCAGGGACAACGCCAUGCCGCGGAGCAACCGAGACACACGGGAUAGCGGUCACAGCAAUCCUCAUUCGGAACGAUAUAUGAGACAUGGGCGUAGUGACAGCGAAGCGACGGGAGUGGCGUCUUCGACAGGUUACCCUGAGACAACACAGAGCGGAGGGCCCAGGCGUGCCCACGACUAUGACCUACAAGCCAUGGAGACGUCGCUCGCCAGCCCCCGGAGCAUUGCGCGAAAUCCGAUCCCUCUCCCGACCGUGACCGUUCGCUCAGAGUUCCCCACCAUCAACAGAUCUCGACAACAGCAAACCCUGACAUGUCUUAUCACCAUCGAGGUACCCGACUGCAAAUGGCGACCGGACCCCGAGGACCUGCCAAUGGGAAAUAUUCACUCCCCACAACAAAUGCACCACCAGGUCCCUCAACAGGUCCCAUCCCGGAUAGACGCUCGCGUCGCCGAUGACCCCUAUGGUCCGACAUCACCUACGCAGUCGGUGCCCCGCUUCUUCCCCUAUGAGUCGCGUGAGGUCCUCGAGGAAAUGACGGAAAAUUUGAGAAACAGGGUGGACAACUGGCACGGCCUGGAUUUCAGCAGAUUCGGCAAGCUUCGCCUGUAUGGCACGCUGAGGGUGGGCAAGGACAGAAUAUCGUGGCAGGAGCUUGAGUGCUACCUCUUCGCCGAGAUGCUCAUUUGCGUCAAGGAGAAGAAGACACCGGCUGGAGCCCAGCAAUGGGACGAAAAUGGUUUGCCUCGCAAGCCGCGAUGCACCCUCAAGGGUUCCAUUCUCAUCAAGAAGCAUUUGAAUGAGGUUUCUGAAACAGGAAGUAUCGACGAGAAUGUGCUCACCCUCAACCUUUCGGUGGCAGAGCUGUCCCAAUUCCACCUGAGGUUCCAAAAUCGCAACCAGCUUAAACUGUGGCAGCAGGCUCUCAUGGAUCUGAAUGCUGUUGAAACUUCACCAGUACGAAGCCCAGACUAUGAGCGUGGCGAAUUCUCCGAGGCCGAAGAGGAGGAGUGGCAACGCAGCCAACAACAAGGACAGAGAACGUCGUCCCUUGCCUCUUCAACGUGGAACGGACCGAAAUCUACGACGACAGCCCCGACCGAGUACACCAGCGUUGCAAAGAGCCCGCUGUUCCCUCCUGUACAUGUCCCAAUCGACGUCGUGGUUGUGGUUCCUAUAUCGAGCUCCAUGCAGGGAGUCAAAAUCAACUUGGUCCGAGAUGCCCUCAGGUUCAUGGUUCAUCAGCUUGGCGACCGUGACAGGAUGGGUCUCGUGACCUUUGGAUCCGGUGGAGGUGGUGUACCAAUCGUGGGCAUGACGACUAAGUCAUGGCACGGCUGGGGAGGUGUCCUGAACUCUAUCAAGCCAGUGGGACAAAAGAGCCACCGGGCAGAUGUUGUCGAGGGUGCCAAUGUUGCCAUGGACCUACUGAUGCAGAGGAAGUACAACAACCCAAUCGCUACCAUCAUGCUCAUCAGUGAUGCUUCAACCUCGGAUGCCGAUAGCGUGGACUUUGUCGUGUCAAGAGCAGAGGCAGCCAAGAUCUCGAUCCACUCAUUUGGCCUCGGAAUGACGCACAAACCCGACACCAUGAUUGAGCUUUCGACCAGGACAAAGGCAUCAUACACCUAUGUCAAGGAUUGGAUGAUGUUGAGGGAAUGCCUUGCUGGCUGCCUUGGCUCUGCCCAAACCUUGUCUCAUCAGAACGUGAAACUAAAGUUGAAGUUGCCUGAAGGAUCCCCAGCCAAGUUCCACAAGAUUAGCGGUGCGCUCCAAAUAACCAAACGCGCAACGGGGCGGGACGCCGAGGCUUCCCUGGGAGACCUACGGUUUGGCGACAAGAGGGACAUACUUGUGCAACUGGUGAUCCUUCCAGAUACUGCCUCGGAAGAUCAGCUACCACAAGAUCCAUGGGAGACCAUCGUGUCUGGCCUCGAAGCUCUGGGUGGACCUAUGGACCCUGAAGAGCAGCGCGCGGUCUCUGUCGAGGAAGUCCCGCUUAUCCAGGCGGAUCUUACCUGGGGCGACAUACUCCGUGACGGCACCUUGAUGCACAUGCCUCGUCCGUCACUCCUCGCAAUCACAAUGCUGCCUGCGACAAACCACCAAAAGUCCAAGUCGUGGCAGAACACCCCUCCGAUCCCGCCUCACCCGCAUAUCGUGCAGCGACGGAUGGAGCUGUUGACAUCCGACAUGCUGACAAGGGCAUUGACUCUUGUGUCAAGAGGCCAGCACGACCGUGCCCACACACUUCUAAACGAGACACGUUCAAUUCUCAAAGGGUUGGGCAAGGGAGGUCUACCCCCCGUCCCGCCGGCUGCAUCCAACAGGUCGCAACCGUCGACGCCUCACCCGAACAAUGAAGGAUCCCCCACUUCGCUGACUCCAGAACGCAAACAUUCUCCAUCGCCCACGGCAUCAGCAACGUCUUCGCAUCACCCGCCACAUCUCCAAGGAAUGAUGCGCAGACCUUCGACGGACGCGCUCAGCGUACUGCACGGCGGGCCGGGCUCAAGCGGCAUCGACGUACAGACCGUGUCGGCACUGGACGCGGAGCUCAUGUCGGCGCUCGAAUGGAUCGGCCACCCCGCCGUCUUUGGGCGCGACAGCCGCAAGGCUGUGUUGCAAGCCAUAGGGGUGAUUAGCUCCCAGCGCGCCUUUACGUUCCGCACGCCGAUCGAGGCUUUGUGGGCCGGAAGGAUCUCGGGCGUCAGGAAACUGACCGAGCACUCGCGUGAGUGGAGAGAAGAGGGUGGUGGCGAGGGUGGCAUCAUGGAGGAAUCCUGAGCCAUCGGGAGAUGAUGGUGAAACCCCAUUCAUUUUCCGCGUCAUAUAUAUCCCAUUUUAUCCCAUUUUAUUCACAUACAAACCACUCUGGUGGACCCAAGCUUCUUUUUACGACCUCUUUUGAGUCGAUCUUCUUUAAAAACCUUUAUGUCGUAUGAUAUCCCAAACUUCAUAGCUUGUUCUUUUGUAUUUCUCUCUUCUUCUUUUUGGCUACCUUUAUCAGGAUUUGGAUGCUACAUGUAUGGACUUUCUUUUUUCAAACUUCGCUUUGGAUACCACUUUGGCUUUCCUCGCGUAUAUUUUUCUUUUGUUUUUUUAUUUAUAUACCAUCCGGUUGAGCAUGGCUGUCUCGGGAAUUGAUUUUUUUUUUCUAGAGAGGAUUGAUCUCUCUGUAUAUUCGCCGGAGAUCCUACUCAAAAAGUGUUAAGGGGGUUUUAUGUGAGCCAUUAUCUAGCGACAAGCCGGACUUGAUGAAGGCUUAUGUCCAGGACGAAGUGACAAGGAGGGUGGGGAUCAUGUAUAUAUAUCGACUAACGAUGUUCAUACGGCCGUCAUUAUUCUGCAUCGUGGCAUGAUAUUGAUAUCUUGUUUAUACUGUUUGGAGGUGACAGAAC